GCGCUCUAGGGGGAUGGCCGGACCAGUCCAGCCUCAAAGCUUGCCCGCUGUGAACUUUGCCCUCCAGAAAUAUGCUCCUGGGAAUGAAUGGCAUCUGAAGACUCCUGCACUACCUUACUGCUGUAUCUCAUUUAUGAAGUCAGAUCUCUGAGAAGGGAGGGACUCAAGCACUGGGAGACGGCGCAUGUUUGUGUAUUUGAACCAGGAGACGGAGGAGGGAGGAAGGAAAGGAGAGGCCAAAUAAGACAGCAGGAAGGGGGAGGGCAGCACUGUACAGCCGAGAGAGGCUUGAUCGCAUGAUGUGAGCAGUCAAGACGCUCUGCAGUUACAGUGGCUCUCUGUUCUGAGGAUCCAGGUGGGUUUUCCUUCUCGCCGGGGGCCUCAGGAACGGCCGUGCUCGGCCGGCCUCUGGGGACUCGAGCCGUAGUAUGGGACAGAGUGCUAGCAGCGAGAGUGUGGUCCAGCAACCAGCGCAACACAGCACGGACAAUGAGGUCGACCUGCAGCAGAGCACAACAGGGGAUGAAGAAAGAAACUCAGGUGGAACGCCGCCAACCAAACGCAAGGGCAAGUUUUCAAAAAUGGGAAAGAUCUUCAAGCCCUGGAAGUGGAGGAAGAAAAAGCCAAGUGAGAAAUUCACUGAAACCUCUAUAGCUUUGGAAAGAAAAAUUUCUGUCAGGAAAAGUCGUGAUGAGCUGAUUAAGAGAGGGGUUCUCAAAGACAUACCAGAGAAUGAGAGCAACAAUGUGAAGCUCACCAAAGGUCAACCAAUGAAGAAUGGACACCCUGUGCCAAUGGAUGUGGAUAGGGUGUCAGAAGCGGGAUUUGGAGUAUCUCGAGGCGAGUCUGACCUCAAGGGGAAUCUUAGGGUUCCUCAGGGAGAUGAACGUAGAACAAGAGCACCGUCUGAUGCUUCCCGAAGUAGCAGAGCUCCUCUGGAUGUAGACUCCCAUGUAAGGCUCUCCCUUGAUGUUGACAAGCGAGGCCGUCUUCCCUCAGAUGUUGACAAGCGAGUCCGUCUUCCCUCAGAUGUUGAGAAGAGAGGAGGGUCUUUACCUCGAGGUCCUCUACGAGAUGAUAGGUACCAUAGAGAGGACAGAGGAAGAAAGGACAGGGAGGAUGUGGAGAGAAGAGAUUGGCGAGAGGAAAGGGAAAGGGAUGGAGCUGUUAAUAGAGAGGAAAGAGAAAGGCGAGAUUGGAGAGAUGACAGAGAGAGAGACAGAGACGAAAGAAUGGACAUUCGCGACAGCAGGGAUCGGGACGAGAGGGAACGAAGAGAUCGAGAUGAGAGAGAGCGUAAGGAUCGGGACAGGGACGAGAGGCCGGUGAGGGACAGGGACGAGCGGGAGCGGAGGGACAGGGACGAGAGGCCGGUGAGGGACAGGGAUGAGCGGGAGCGGAGGGACCGGGAUGAGAGGCCAGGGAGGGACCGGGACGAGAGGCCAGGGAGGGACAGGGAUGAGCGGGAGCAGAGAGACCGGGACGAACGGGAGCGGAGAGACAGGGACGAGCGGGAGCGGAGGGACGGGGAUGAGCGGAGGGACCGGGACGAACGGGAGCGGAGGGACCGGGACGAACGGGAGCGGAGAGACAGGGACGAACGGGAGCGGAGAGACAGGGACGAGCGGGAGCGGAGGGACCGGGACGAGCGGGAGCAGAGGAAUAAGGAUGAAAGGGAGAAAAGAGUGCAUGAUGAAAGGAAAGAGAACAGAGAUGUCAGAAAAGAUGACAGAGAAAGAGAAGGAAAAGGUCCUCCAACAGAGAGAGAUUUUAGGAGGGACAACAGGGACCGAUGGGAAGACGGAGAGAGGAGAGAGGACAGAGAAAACCCCAAGAGAAAUGAAAAAGAGCCAAAAGACGAGAGUGAGAGAAGGGAGAGGCCGGUGCCUCAGCGUGCCGUGGACGGCCCCCGGUCUCUGGUCAGGCCGGUCUCUGACAUGGACCUGAGGCCUCCUCUACAGAAGACGUCCUCAGAGGACAGCAAGAGAGCUCCCCUGCCCUCAGAGGCCGACCGGAGGACAACUCUGCCCAGACACAACGCACCGGCAGAGUUCAGAGAGCGCUCAGAGUCUGCUGCUGUCCGCUUCGCCCCCGACACUCAUCCAGCACCAGACUCCCAACAGGAACCCCUCCCACCCAAGCAGGCGCUGCUCCCCCCUAAAUUCCUCACCGGCCCUCCCUCUGAGUCUGGCAAGUGUCCAACCCCCUCCUCCUCUUCAUCCUCCUCUUCAUCCUCCUCCUCAUCCUCUGAAGUACCUGUGUCCAAACCGCCAAGGACGGUGUCCCUGAUAAUAGAAGACCCACCUCGACCCCCCCACACUGUGCUUUCCUCAGCUGACACGCCUCCCCCCAUCCCCCCUCACGCCAAGCAGCCUCCUGUCCCUCCACCUAAACCCACCAACCGUAACAGCAAUCCUGCAGCCCUGGCUUCCUCGUUGGACAGGAGCUGUAAUGUCAGGCAGGCCGGCCCCUGGAGCCGCUGGAGGCAGCAGGGCCCGCUGGGCCCCUACCGCUCUCUGCCUGUGUACCUGCCACACAGGACUGGCCAGGCCUGCUCAGCAGAACUUUCUCACCCCGGCAGCGGUGUGAUUGUGGUCCCAGCGCCGACCAGGCGCUCACCACCAACCCCACCCAAGCGGAUGACGCCCGUCACCAAGCGGCACUCUGUGGACCCGACUCCAGAGCCUCCCUCCACCGAGCCCCCCUCCGGCCACGCUGGGGUUCCCCCCGCAGCACUUCCCCAGAUGUCCAGCGAGCCUCUGCCUCCACUGCCCUCCCACAUACCUCCAUCGCCCCCCAGGGUGAAGUUUCUCCAGCCACCGAGCUCCUCUGGCCAAGCUGAUCCCCCCAGCCCAACAACAGAGCCCCCCAGUCAGCACCCCGCCAUCCCCCUGCACAUCCUGAUCCAGAGAGCGCUGGCGAGCCCCGGCCCGGCUCAGCCCAACCCAGACGGCUCCCAGAGGGCCCACUCCCUCCUGUUUGAGUCUCCCCCAGACUUCCUGACAGAGGCAGGGGGCAACUCCCGCCACUCCCUCCCCAUCACCAUGGAACCACUCAGGCUGCCUGAGGACGACGACUUCGACAUGGAGGAGGAGAUGCAGAAGCUGCAGCCGCAGAGGCCUCGCCGGCAGCUGGAGCUGGAGCCCCGCAGUAGGAGGGGCCUGGUGGAAGACCCCAGAGUGAGCGUCAUCCCCGAGGGAGGGGGUCCUGAGGACAGCCCGGAGGAGGAGUCCGACUCUGAUGGGCCAAUCCUGUACAGAGACGAUGAUGAUGAGGAGGAGGAUGACGACGAAGGCCCACCAAGUGGCCUAGCAAGCCGCGUGAAGAGGAAGGACACGUUAGCCAUGAGGCUGGAGAAACAGGAGCGGCAAGAGAGAGCAGAGCAGGCCGCCAGAGAGGGCGAGGAGGAGAUGACCUGGCACAGCCGCGAGCAGUGGCUGGCCAUCAGGAACCAGAUCAGCACCAAGCUGACACGGCAACUAAGUCAGAGACCGACCGCACAAGAGCUGGAGCAGAGAAAUAUUCUUCCAGCCAUGAACGAGAACGAUCGCCGGCUGGAGAGAUCUGAGAUCAAGCGGAGGCUCACCAGAAAGCUGUCUCAGAGACCCACCGUGGCCGAGCUGCAGGCCAAGAAGAUCCUGCGUUUCCACGAGUACGUGGAGUGCACCUCAGCUCAGGACUACGACCGGCGGGCGGACAAGCCCUGGACCAAGCUGACUCCUGCUGACAAGGCCGCCAUCCGCAAAGAGCUGAACGACUUCAAGAGUUCAGAGAUGGAGGUUCACGAGGACAGCAGGAUCUACACCCGAUUCCAUCGACCGUAGCUUCCUGUGCGGACCAGUAGAGCGCUUCGGCUCAGAGGACGGUGCGACUCCCGCCUCCGGACCCAACAUUUGGCCUCUUUGGCAGCAAGCAUGCUAACAGCUGCUGAACGGCGCUGAAGCCGAGGAUCAGCCAGAUCUGGCUCCUCCUGGAGGAGCUUAAGAGCGUUCCUGCUGGAGGCGCCUGGUGCCAACACUACAAGGACCUGAGCUGGACUCAAACCGGACUAAAGCACCACUAACUCACCAUCUCCCUCAGAGGAAAACUGCUGUCAAGCCUUUACCCGCCUUCACGUUUGUGUUCUUCACAGAGCAGAAAAGCGUUGUUGCUGCUCCACUAACCUAACUCUAUCUCUGCCUUACUCACCACUGGACCAACGCAGCGCUGCACAUUUACACUUCAGACGUAAUGUGAAAGAGUCAGAGUUUGGUUUGAUGAGCAGCUGAGCUCUGCGGGGAGAUUUCUGGAGCAUCAUGUCCAAAGAUGUGCAUCCUCCAGUGUGCAUUUACUGUAUUUUGUUGAUCGAUUUGACUUCUCUCAAGGAACACAUAUCACUAGAUUACUUUUUUUUUUAAAUACGGCACCUUAUGUCUCCUAAUUAGGUGUAUAGAAAUUUGACAUUUUUUAGCCUCUGUUUAUAAUUAUACAAAGCAGGAAAAUGUACAUAUUUUUAUUUUCCUUGCUGUUUUAUGGUACUUUAUAUAUGCAGCUUCACAGCUGACUGCAGUUGUAUAGAUCAAAAAUGUAGAUCUAAUCAACUUCAUAUUGUAAACUACUGACAGAAAAUGCUGACACGUUUUAAUUGUAAAGUACUGCUGUUAUUUCUUCAUAUUAAUGGUACAAAUGUUUGUUUUGUACAUAUAAAGAGACAUCAAACUGUUUUUUGCAAACAUGAAUAACUGAACAAUCUACUGAGAAAUUAAAACAUGUAUUUUUCAAUUCA